UGUGUUUCGAUUUCUCUCCUGGAUGGACGUCCCUGACCCCCAUACCAGACAUGUUGCGGAAUUUCUGUGUGUAAUUUAACAUCAUCGUCAAGAUCUUGCUUGGCGAUGAAAGCAAUCUACAUGUAGCUGCGUUUGUUUGAUUGAGGAAUGCAAGCAUUGUUUCGAGCAUCAUUGUUUGAGGAGCCAUAUUACUUUAACGCUGGAUUGAUAUCUGACAAUAUUCCUUGAUGAUAAUUUUGAGAAAUCUCCAUGAGCUACAUCAUGUAUACCUUCUUGAUCCUACUCCUGACCAGUGCAUCUGCAUGUUAUUGUGAUAUUGUCAUCAAUGAAGUAUGGCUGAGCCAUAAAUCAAACAACAGUUUGUAUGUUGAACUCUACAAUGAUGGCACCAGUAACUUUUCAAUAUCAAACUUUUCCCUGGUAAUAUUCAAUUCAUCCUCUGGGAUCGCAGUGAAAAGACUUCCAGAAGUUGUAUUACCAACAGGAGGAUAUUAUACUGUUGGUUCAAGUGAUCUUUUUUCAGAUGUUGAUUUGGAGUGGACAGAUGCUGCCCAUGGAGAUGGAUAUAUUGGAGCUAUUGCAUUGUAUGAUGGAGAGGCUGGAACCAUUCAAAUUGGAAUGGAACCAACAACAGGGUAUCUGGAAGAUGCUCUUGUCUUUUCAACUUCGGCAUCUUCUAAUGAUUCAGUUUUGCUAGAGAACUUAAACAUUGCCAAGGUUAUCAUCCAAGAUCAGCUUUAUCUUCAGCAGGUGAACUUAUCAAUUAAUAGAUGUUUAGAUGGCAAUGAUACUGAGUUCUUGUUUGCUCUCAUUACACCUAAAGAGAAGAAUGACUGUAAGAAUAGAAUAGUUCCUUCACCAAUUAUCAUAAAUGAACUGAAUGCUCUCAAUCGAGGAGAAGAUACCACAGAGUAUGUAGAGCUGUAUAACAAAGCUAAUGUUUCAGUAUCACUGGAUGAAUACACCCUAGUGUUAUACAGUGGCACAACUGAUAGAAUGUAUGGUGUCCUUGCCCUGGCAAAUCUUUCCAUCGAACCUUUAGGAUAUUUUCUUAUUGGUUCAGAAAAUGUAGUACCAAGACCUCAAAAAGUGAUAGGACAUGCUCUUGAUGUGAACAUAUUGCAAAAUGGUGUAGCUGCUGUUGCUUUGUACAAUGGAAACAAUAGUCACUUAUCAGCUGGCAGCAAUGUCACAAAUUCAUCGCUUGUUGAUGCAGUUGUGUACGAUAAGAGAGGAAGGUAUGACCAAGAAUUAUUAGAUGUUCUCACACCUGGACAGAUGACGAUCCAUGAAGAUUCUGGCUUUAUCUCAGAAGAUGAGUCAAUCAGUCGAUGUUCUGGAUAUGAUCGCUUGGAUGCAUCACAAUUUAGUCUAGCACAUCUCACCCCUGGCAGAGUAAAUGAUUGCACAAGAUUAGAGCCCAGCAUUCCAACACAGGCUCUUCCUAGUUUUCCUCCAAUCAAUCCUGAAGCAUUGCCAUAUAUUGUAAUAAACGAAUUUAAAGUUGACCAGUCUCAACCCUUUGUUGAACUAUUUGAUGGUGGGCUUGGAAACGUGGCUUUGGACAACAUACUCAUUGCUCUGUACAGUGGAAGAAGUCUUGCAGUAUUUGGAGAUCCUCUGUCACUAAAUGGACAUUUCACUAAUGAGAAUGGCUUAUUCCUGAUUGGAAGUGCAGAUAUGGAACCUGCUCCAGAUUAUGUGAUUCCAAACCUACCUCAGUUGGUAGGUUGCAAUGCCAUUGCCAUACACCUUUCUGAGCUUUCCAACAUACUUGUAGCUGGUUCUCCUGUUUCAAAGAAUGCUCUCCUUGAUGUUGUUUUGUUUGGUGAGGUAACAUUCCCUCAGGAUCAAGAUCUGAUAGAUAUCCUUACACCGGGUCAGGAGCCAGUUUCAGUAAGUACCACAAACCAAUCAUGGAGUCGGUGUAAAGGAUGGGAUCGUUUUAUGCAUAAAAGCUUUUCUUUAGGUGAUGUGACUCCGAAGGCAAUCAACCUUUGUACACCACCUCCUAUUGUAAUCAAUGAAAUCAAUGUCCUUGCAAAUGGGACCAACCAGUUUAUAGAGAUAUAUGAUGGCGGUUUAGGGUCACAGGCUUUGGAUGGUCUGGUGGUAGCGCUUUAUGACGACACAAGCAACAGUGCCUUCAGGGUCAUGGAUUUGACUGGAUACUCCACAGAUGAAGCAGGAUUUUUUGUGAUAGGACCAAGUGAAAGGACCAAUGUAGAUUAUGUUGCAGAUAUGAUAGAUGGCUCUUUUUUAGAGGAGGGACCUGAUGCUGUGGCGAUCCAUGUUGGUCCUGCCAAGUACUACAGAGGCAGACAGGCAUCUGACCUUAAUCUGGUAGAUGCUGUGGUGUAUGGAACAGAUGACAGGCCAGAUCUAAACCUCCUUCACUUGUUAAUGCCAAAUCAACAUCAUCUCAAUGAACUUCCAUCAACCGCAUCGUCAUCAGUAGACCAGUCCAUCAGCAGAUGCUACUGCUGUCUUCAGCGCAACCAUUCUUCCUUUGGUCUCGCUCCGGUGAGCCCUGGUGCUAUUAACAUUGACUGCUUCAUAGACAACAGGACAUUCACAGAAACCAUCAGGAUGUAUCAUAAACAGCUUAGGAUCAGUGAAGUCAAGUUUGACAAUGACACAUCGGGUGGUGGCUUCAUAGAAAUCUAUGAUGGUGGACUAGGAGGAGUUGAUCUGUUCAAUAUCCUGGUUGAUUGGUACACUGUAAACUCCAAAGGUGAAAGCUAUUACCUUAGGUUUAGCCUGGAUGACUUCAAAACCAAUUCUGAGGGAUAUUUCAUCAUUGAGUCUCCAUCUCCCAGUGUUCUACCAAUCAUUGUCAUCAAUGGUUCUAAUAGUACAGAGGAGCUAACAUUUUACCACACAUCACCUCUUAUGAUACAAAGUGAUGCAGGCCAUGUUCAACUGGUUUCAGUUACAUUAGAAAAGGUUCUAGAUGCUGUGACGUUUGGAAGGAAUGGUACAGAUGAUUUCUCAUUACUCGGGUCUUUGGACAUUUCUCAACCUCUUAUUAUAAUGAACAAUCAGGUGUUGGCUGGUUUAAAUUCUAUACAGCGCUGUUACUCACCCAAACCAAAACAACAACUAGCCUUUGCAACCUCCACCCCUACACCAGCAAUGGCAAACUCCUGCCCGAAGAUACCUAUUGUGAUUAAUGAGAUCAAUACAGACAGUCCCAUUAUAGAAUUAGGGGAGUAUGUAGAGCUUUCCAGUCUUGGAAUACCACAUUUCCCCAUCAAUAAUGUAUCUUUGGUGAGCAUCAAUGGGGAAAAUGGGACAGUACACCGGUCCCUCACUCUCAACGGAUACCAGACAGAUGUGAACGGCCUCUUGCUGAUUGGCUAUAGAAGCCUUUCAGUCCCUCGCCCUGAUGUCCCACGGUUCCGUCAGCCAGUAGGCUGGGUACUUGAUGGACCUGAUGCUAUAGCCAUCUACCAGGGCAAGAAGUUUAUGUAUAUGGAGGGAACCAUUCCUAACAACCAAUACCUCAUCCAGAAAGUAGAAUAUUCCUUUGAGAAUACAACAGGAAACAUGGAUAUGUCUAUCAACAGAUGUAGAAACUCCAGUGGAAAUAUUGUUUAUGAGAAAGCUAAUGUGUCUCCUAAGGCUGUCAAUAAAUGCCCUGCUUCAGAGGAUAUUGUGUUAGUCAUCAAUGAAAUGAGUCUGAUAGAAGGCAAGCAAUUUAUUGAAAUAUGGGAUCUAGGAAAUGGCUUCACUCUUCUGGAUGACUUUGUGGUAGUGCUUUAUGGUGAAGGUGAUAUUGCCUAUCUGACCAUCCCUCUUACUGGAUAUCAAACCAAUCAAGCUGGUUAUCUUGUCAUGGGAGAAGCAGUGGUAGAUCCAAACCCUCAUUAUAUACUCAAUGAUGGAUUCAUGAAGACAAACUAUGGAGCAAUUUCCUUGUACAGGGCACAAGGAAAUGUAACUUUAGUCAUUGGAUCUGAACUAGUAACAGAGGGGUUAAUGGAUUCUAUUGUGUACAGUAAUUGGACCAAUGGAUCAUCUACAAGAUCAAGUCAAACUCUCACACCUAAUUCACUGCCUCUACCAUCAGACAUGUUAGGAGGUUCCUCAUCUCUUUGUCGAUGCUUCUCCCUGGACCGUUUCAUGAUGUCACCAUUCAUUUUGUGCAACCCUUCUCCCGAUGGUCUUAAUCUCUGUCCAUCUUUCAUUACUGAUAUCAUCAUUAAUGAGAUCAACGUUGAUCUACCCGGCAUGGAUGGAUUAGAGUUCAUUGAACUUUAUGAUGGAGGGCGGGGCAACGUUUCACUGAAUUACACUACCCUGGUGCUGUAUAAUGGAGCUAGUAAUAUUGGCAGGUCGUAUCUAGCUCUGGGACUUGAUGGAUAUCAAACUAAUUCUCAUGGCUUCUUUGUAAUUGGCUCACAUCUCAUGGGCAAUAAUGCUGACUUGCUGGUUCAUACUGCUACUAGAGGCUUCCUUCAAAAUGGGCCUGAUGCUAUCGCCAUUUACCGAGCUCAUGUUGGUGCAUUUCCAUUUGGUACAAGUGUGACAUCAGCUGGUCUGAUAGAUGCUGUGGUAUAUUCUACUAAUAAUAAGGAAGGUAGAAGACUUGUUGAUGUUUUGGUGCCAGGAUACUUCACAAUCAAAGAAGACCGAACUCACUUACAGUAUGAUGAAAGUUUGAGUCGUUGUCAUGGAACUCAGAAACGUGACCCAACAGUUUAUGCCGUCACUGUCCCAACCAUGGGUGGAGCCAACAACUGCACUGCAUUCGUAGACUUUGAUAGCACUCUUAUUAUCAAUGAAGUAUAUGCUGCUGGAGAUACAGUAGAUCAUCAUGGAAAGUACAUUGAACUAUAUGACCAUGGAGUGGGUCAUAUAUUACUGAAUGGAUUCUUACUUGUAUUCUAUGAUGGCAGCAAUGAAGAUCGGUCAUAUUAUGAAUUAGAUCUGUCUAAUAGAUUCACUAACUCUGAUGGUUUCCUGUUAAUUGGUACAACCAGUGUGACACCUCUACCUGAUAUAGUCAUCCCUGAUGACAUCCUACAGGAAGGAUCAGAUGCUGUAGUCCUGUACAGAGCAUCCCCAGAGGACAUACCUAGAGGAUCCAUCCUUAUCCUAGAGAACAUCCAGGAUGCUGUCAUAUAUGGAUCAUCCUUGGUAGCUGAUAGCUCCCUUAUGACGUCUCUAGCUCCUGGUCAGCUCCAGGUCAUGAUGGAGACAGGGAGUGCUGCUUCAAGGUGCCUAUCAAACCGGACGAUUUCCAUGUCUGCAUUUAUAUCAACAAUGCCUACACCAGAGCAAAUCAACAACUGCACUACUCCUGAUGUGGUUAUAAAUGAAGUUUGCUUGGAAGAUCAAGAUGGUGGAUCACAAGAGUUCAUUGAACUUUAUGAUGGAGGUCAAGGGUCAACACCAUUGGAUUCCUUAGUCUUGGUACUCUUCACAGGGAUCAAUGGAGGAAGGGCAUAUAAGACCAUUCCCUUACAAGGACAGAAGACUGAUGAGAAUGGAUACCUUCUAAUAGUCACAUCUCAGCUCUCAUUAAACGGUGACAUGCUCGUUGGUGAUCUGGGUCAGAGCUUCUUAAGGAAUGGAGCCAAUGCUAUUGCUCUCUAUAGAGGAGAUCACCAUGAUUAUAAAGCAGGGAUGCCUGCUACAUCAUUAGGUCUUCUUGAUGCUCUGGUAUAUGGAGAUAUGAAUCGUCAAAGCAUGACAUUGAUAAGACAGCUCUUACAAGGUCAAGCUCAGGUAACAGUCGGUAGUAACUUCUACCAAGGAUCAGAGAGCAUAAGCCGCUGCAAAUGCUGUCAACCUCUGCUUUCAUCUGCUUACAAAUUACUACAACCAUCACCUAAGCAACCAAACUUCUGUUCAUCAAAUCCUCCAGUUACUCCAAGUCCUGAUGUAGUAAUUAUCAAUGAGAUUAACCCAUUUGAUCCAUUGACCGGUGGCAAGGAAUUCAUUGAGCUGAAAGGACCAGCAAAUAUCACUCUUGACAGAUAUUCAGUGUUGAUUGUGAUGGAAGAUGAUGAUUCUGCUAAGGUGUCUUACGUGGUCGACUUGUCUGGACAGUCACUGGAUGAAAAAGGUUUCUUGGUCAUCGGAACUGAUAGUCUGGUACCGCUACCAAAGGUUACACUUCCUUCUGUAACUGAUGGAGUUUUGAAGACAGUAGGGGGCGCUGUAGCUCUCUGUAGAGGUAAACCUGUGGAUUUCAGAGUGGGAUCUAUGGUUCCAAUGGCCAGGAUAGUGGAUGUUUUGGUUUACAGAGGACAUAAUAGACCUGAGAGCAAGGCAUUGAGUGAGCUUACAUCAGAUGGGAAAGUCAUUGAGGAAGAAUCAAGCUACCUUCCUGGAGAGGAAACAAUCUCACGAUGUUCCUGCUGUGAUAUAAGAACCACUAGUGCAUUCAUGCUUUCCAGUCCAACACCAGGUAGUGAUAAUACAUGCCCCAAGGUAGAGUAUGGACAGACGAUACAGCUACGAUUAGAGGAUGCCGACUUUGAUCAGUGGCAGGGAAGGUUACUCUGGAAGGCUUCAGUCAGGGAUGCUGUAGUCAGAGGUGUCAAGGAAGAAUGCAAGUGCAGGUUCAAUUCAAAUUACCUAAAAGAUGACAAACUUUUGAACGGAAGUGUUAUAUACCAAGCCAGUCUUGCAGGAUUAACUACUGACCAGGCAUCAGAUCUCUUUGAUGCCUACACUAGAUUUGUGAAGAAGACUGAAAGCUUGGAGAUCUAUGGUGUCAGGUACCAAGUAGAUAGAGACUGCUAUAUGGACUGCAAAGUUAAGGGAAAAAACAUGGCUAUUCUCCACCACCCAGCCCCAGCUGUGAUUGUUGGAGUCACUGUUACAGUCAUCAUAGCAGUCAUAUUUGUCCUAGCUUUCUUCACAUAUAUGAAAAGAAAAAAAAGCAGUAAUAUCAUGGGAUCUUUUCGAUGGUUCAAGAAUAAUUCUGAAUUUGAUGGUGAAUUCCGGGUGACUGAUGCCUGUCAGCUUGAAGAUCUUGAUGUACUCUCCCAGGUAGCUAAUAGUGAUAACUUUGUUAAUCCAGUUCGCACCCUUCCAUCAAUGCUUCAGGCCAGUUACUCAGCUAGGAGGAAGGACCAAGGUCCAGAUCUUGGGAAUGAACCUAUCAGUGUGGAUCUUGAAGUCGAUACAAGUAUUAGCUACGCUUGAAUCAUGUGUGAUGUGGCAGAUGUUGAUGAUAAUUUUGAGUUCUGGAAAUAAGUGCUAUUAACAUCAGCAGCAGCAAAUUUCCACACAUUUGAAAUCAAAUCAAAUUACCUAACGUUCAAAACUUUGUCAAGUCCCUCCAAUGAAUGAUGAUCUAAGGUGUUGCUCGAACAGUUAAACACAAUUUCAGAAAGAAAAAACAAUUAGGUACUUUCAUUUUUUUUUUCAUUACUUUUUUCACAUUCAAACAAAUAAAAUAUAUGGCUCUAUAUCAUACUUGUACAUCUCAAAACAACAAGAAGGUAAGAUUGUCAUGAUAAUAUACUGCAACUUUGUCAAAGUUUAAACACUGUUUAAUCUGAUUCUUUCAAUUCUGUAGAGGAUUACACCUAGCAAAUGUUAUAUUCACCUCAUUAAUAAAUGUUUUUCCUGUUCUGUGUUGUUGUUGAUUUAAUUUCAAUUAUUUAUACCAGGGUUGAAGGUCAUUGCAACAAAUAAGAUUAGCACAUUAUUUUGGUGCAGUGCCUUGUUUCUUCCUGUAUGAUUGCCUAGGAAAAUGAAUAUUUCUCUCUAUCAUUACUGGCACAGAUCGAGGGCUAUGUCUGCUCCCAUUAUUAUCUGACUUUAAAAGACUAGAGACAGCCAGGUAUUUUUGCUUAUUAUCAUGAAAAAAAAAGUGUUGGUACUGACUAGAUGUUACCAGUACCCUUUUCCUUCAUAAUUUUACUCUCAUUUUGUAAGAUCCAAAAACAUGAAUUGCUUUAUAAUUGUUUGCUUGCAUUUGUAUUUUGUUUCCAGAAUUCCAGAUUAGCUUCAUUGUAUUGAUAUUGGAUGAUGGUCACAGGAAAAGAUUCAUAUAUCAUAUAAAUUGAAUGUGAAAUCCUUUGUAACCAUGAGGUUUUGAAAAUAGUUACUGCAUUCCUUAUUUUUUAUAAAUUGAUUAAAAUAUUGUAAAUCUGUGUGUGAUGGCUAUUUGCAGUUUAGAAAACAAUCAAAUGUGGCCAUUCUGUCCUUUUCUUGAAAUAAAGAAAUAAAUGGUUAUGUUUCUAUAAAAUUAAUAGACUUGUUCAAUGUCAUGUAACAUUAGGGAUAGAGUAUCUUAAUUUCACAAUUAAGCACAAUUUUAGUUUCCUGGCUAACUGUGUACAAUACAUUAUAAUUGAUUGUAAAUUAAUUGUAUGUCUAUAUGUUACAGAAACCUGGUGUGCUAAAUACCACACCUAUUAGUGAAUUGAAAAAAAAAUCAACAGUUUAAUGCCUAGCCGCUGUCCUUUGGCAAGAUAUUAGUAGGUUGCAGUUAGCUUGCUAGAUGCAUUUCUCAUGAAGGGUUUCAUUCACUUUGCCUAAGUAAGGGUGUUGAGUAGUCAUAUAUAGAUACAUUUUGAGUAUGAUAGAAGAAUUAUAGUCAUGUUGAUGUCUCCUGUAAUGGUACUAUCCAAGUACAGUAUUAUGACAUAAUGAAGGGUGACCUUUUAUUCUAUUGUAAAUACAGAUGUAAAUAUUGCUUUUUAUCUACCCCUCUUUCGUAGUGAUGAUCAAAUCAAAUUUAGUUUGAUAUUUGCUCGUAAGAUGAUAUAUCUAUCAAUUUGUAGAGGUACAGAGUAUUGAGCAUUGGAAUUUAUCUGAUAGAUUUCAUUACUAUAUCCUUGUAUGUAUGAUUAAUAGACGAGGUAUAUUUGUAAAGUAAUUACACCUGAUUCAUUCUAUGUGACAUUGCUCUUUAUAAAUUGGACAUUGCAAACAAAGCAAUGAAAGUUUAAAUCUUUUUAUAAACUUUGCACUGUUUU